AUGGGCAUGACCAGGGUUCCCCCACAGCCAAGGCCUAAAACUCACCACGGGGCGAAAGUGCGGGUGGACGGAGGAGUGGGAGCGGUCCGGGUCCUGGAAAGGCUGGAGCCGCAUCAAGCAGGCUGGGACAUAUUCAAGCACGUCACUGAGACCAACAGGCAGCAGCAAGAGCUGCAGAGGCAGCCGCCCUGGAGGAGGACCCAGAGAGAGCAGUGCGUCCAUCUGGGGGAUCCUGCUGCCCUGAGGAGGAUGAGAGCACUCAGAGCUCUCUGCCCGUGCUUUGGUUCUCAGUCCAGACCUGCACAUCCUGAGGAUGGAGGCAGGGCAAAGAAGGCUGUCCCUGAAGCCGUCACUACUUUUGUGGCUAGUGGGGCUUCUCUGCUAAAGCGGCUGCAAGACCAUGAGGGUGACCGAGUGGAGACAUACCGGGAGCUGGAGAGCUUCUUGCAAGGAGACGAUGGCAGUUUGCAGAGCGGUGUCGUGAACCGCCUGAUAGCAGAGGUGUCCAGUGACAUGCGAGCAGCCCAGGGUGUGACAGAUGAUGUGAAGAUGGCUGCUAGCGACGUCCUGGUGGCUCUGGCCCGCUCCCGCUUCCACUUUGUCAUGUCUGAGCUCCAGAGCCACCUGAAGGCCAUGGGGAAGGUCCCUGAUGAGAUUGUGCUCCUCACCUUGGGCAAAAUGGCCCGCAGCUACGCCCUGCGGUGCAUCCCCUUCGUGGGAAUGACGCUGCUUGCCCUGCGUGCCAUGCUGAGCCGGGUGGGGAGUGGCCGGAUCCUGCGCGCCGUCUGCAGUGUUCUGGAGCAAUGGUCAAAAGGGGUCAAUACAUACUUCGGCAGCCGGGAGCAAUGCCCCUUCCCUCGCAACGGGGAAGCGCAGCUCUGUGAAGACAUUUACCCAGUCUUCCGUUACGCGCUGGUAAAUUGGCUGGGCUGCGAGGAAGAAGAGGACAAGCAGGCUGUGCUCAGGGCGGUGGCUGCCAUGAUGGAGGUCCUGCUGCGUGAGGAGCAGCACCGCGAGCAUGCCUGGGAGCAGCUCCUCUGGCUGCUGCACCAAUCUCAGGAGGUCCGAGACACCUCCCGGGUCAACAAGAUUUCUUUAACACAGACCUUGUUCCCACAGCUCCCUGACGUGACCAAAGAGCCUGGCCUGGCCCCUAAGGCAGAACUUCACCGCUGCAUCGCGCUGCAGGCACGAAUAUGCCCUGAGGAGACGGGCAUGUUUCUGCACUCCCCGGAGAGCGGUGGGAGCAAGGCCGGUCGCGUGGCAGCCCUGGGCCUGCUGGGAGCGCUGGCCCACUCUGACGCACCUUCAGUGAGAGAGAAGCUGCCCCAGGUGAUGGAGGCCAUAGGGUCAGUGUGCAACGACCCCAGUGCCCAGGUGCGGAGGGCAGUUCUGGAGUUCAUCCGGGAGCUGCUCAGCUCCGGCUCCCAGAGCUGCUGGGCAUGGGAUGUGGUGGGGCACAUCUUCAGCGAGUUCAGCCGGACCUCAGGCAGACUGGUGGCAGGAGGCCUUUUUGCCUGGGUAACACCGGAGGAAGGAGCUCUUCGAGCCCUGUGUGUGGAUAUCCUGGGCUCGCUGGACGUCUCUCUGAGAGGGAUGACCAAACUCCUGUGGCCGAGGUUGCUGCAGUACGUAGUGCCAGCCCAGUACAGCGGCAUGCUGAUCCCACUCUCCCGCUGUCUCCGAGCCCUAGUUGAGAGACGGGAGAGCGCAGGGUGUGAAGAAGACGAGGAGGAGCCUGACGCCGUGGACUCCCAGGAGCGAGCCCGGCUGCCGGCUCCCCAGGCCCUGCUGGCUCGGCUGCUGGUGGUGGCAGCAGCUCCUCACAAGAGCGGCGAACGUGCAGUCGCUGCCUUGCAGCUGCUGCAGGCCCUGCAUGGCAGGAUACACCGAGCUUUGGGGGUGGUGUGGACUACCAAGAUCCCCCUCCUGCUGCAGUACUUGGAAGGUAAAGUGCGGAGGUCCCUGGACUCUGCAGAGUGGGAGCAUCGUGUGCUCAAGUUCCUGCGAGCGUCACUGGAGCCCAUCGAGGACAGGGCCUGGACCAUGGGCCUGAGCCAGGAGCUGAGCCAGCAGCUGGGCAGCUCUGCCCCCGGCUCCUGGGAGAAGCUUUUCCUGUACAAGGCCCUUGGGACAGUGCUGGCAGCUUGUCAGGAUCUCAGACACGUCCAAGGGCAGGUGCUGAGGUUCCUGCAGGAGACAAACCCUGUGCAGCUGUCUGAAGCCCAGGGAAUGAUUUCUGUUGUGUCCCACACGGCUGAGAGCCACUUCCAUCUGGUCUUGGACACAGUGAACAUGUUCUCCACUGCUUUCACCAGAGGCUGGUUUUAUCAGACUUCCAUGGGCUGGAAGGUCCAGCAGCAGCAGAAGAUGGAGAGCGCCCAGGCCAUUCGUGCUGCUCUGAUGUGCACCUACAGCGGCAUUGCACUGCGUGCCCCCAAGGAGCAGCUGCUCACCCGCGUGGAUAAAGAAAUCGUGGGCAACAUCCUGCGGCUCUCCAGAGCUAAACAGAGGGACUUGCAGCUCAAGCUCGCCCUGGUGCAGAGCAUCACCGAGGUCAGCUGUGCCAUCCAGGCUGUGGGCGACUGCGGCAGCUUUGAGCUGUCCUUAAAGCAGAAGGCAACGUGGACCUUGCUGGACUGGAUCAAGGGGGAGCCCUGGGACUCCCUGGUGUAUGGAGUGUUCCAGGCCCUGGAGGAGUUGAGCAAGCUGAGGCCACCUCUGAGGCGGGAGGAAAAUCACAAGCUGCUGGCAGUGUGCUGCCAGACUGUCUUGUCCUGUCCUUCCAAGGAGCAGAUGAAAAAGGGCAGGAAGACAGUGAGGGCAGCUGUGAACAUGCAGCUUCUGCACAGGAGAUGCGUGGAAGAUCUGGGCCAUCUCCUAGAAACCUUUCUGGAGGCAGAGGUGACCUCUGCCUGCUUUGAUGACGUGGUCCAUGUCCUGAAGGGCUGGCUCACCUCAGCCAACGAAUGGGAGCGGGAGAGAGCCCUGCAGGUUUGUGCCCAUGUGCUGGGAGCUUGCAAGGAGCGAUUCGAGCUCAUGAGAGGACGUCCUUGCAAGCGGUUCGGCUCCCUGGUGGGAUUGCUGGCGACUCUGACCAGCGACUGCCUGGCCACGUCCCGCCAGAGGGCAUGGGUCUGCCUUGGCUACCUUCUCCAAAUGCAAGCCAGGACCAUGGAGGUGGUGCCUCAGGCAGAUGAGAUCAGGUGCCUUGGUGAGGAGCUGAACAGCCCAGACACCGUGCAGACCUGCGCCAAAAUAGCAAAGGCUGUUUGCAAGUGCAUCCCUCCAGCGCAGGCUACAGACUUUCUGACUGCGGUCCUGCCCAGCUUGCUGCACGUCACACCCACGUGUGUGAAGCCACUAUGGAAGUGGGUGUUCAUCUUCCUGGUGGAAUGCAGGAAGGAAAUAGUCCAGGAGGUGCCAAAAAUCCUGAAGACCCUUUGCACCUACAUGCGGCAGAGCACCCACAGGCCCUUCCUGCUCUGGGCCGUGUUUCUCCUCGCCCACUUUCACCAGGAGCCCGUCGUCAGCAGUCUCCUCCGGAAAGGUCUGCCCAUGGACAGUGACACGGUGGAGCUGUGGAGGAGCCUGGGGAGAAGCACCAUUGGGAUUCAGGUCCUGAGGUGCUUAGUGGAGAAACUAAACAGAGCACGAAACAACUGCCUGGGGACCAACUCCUCCGCUUGUGAGUGGCACAACCAUGAGACUGCUCUGGAGACUUUGAUGAUCACCCAUGCCAUCUCCGAAGUGGUGCUUGCCCUGAGGAGCACAGAGGAGCUCAGGCAGCUGCUUCCCCACCUCCUUCCCAGCCUCCUGAGGUGGGCCAGCGAAACCCUGGGCGAGGAGCGGCUGCUUUCCCCCCUGGGAGAAGGCGGAAGACAACUGUUCCUCAAGGGCCAGGUGCUUGAGGAGAAGCCGUGCAGGGUUUUCCUUAUGGCUUUAGAGUUGGUGCUAGGCAAAUGCAUGGCAGAGAAGUGGAUGCGGCUGCUCAUGAAUCGGGCAGCGUGGGCUCUCCUUGAAGACCCCCUGACCCAUUCUGAUGGGGUGCGUCUCCUGACCAGCGUCCUGGUCCAUGCUGGGCUUCUAUCACCCUGUCUGAAGCAGACCCUCUUCCCAUGGCUGGAUUCCUGCUCAGUUAAGCUGCGGGUGACAGCUACAGCCUUCUUUGCUGAGCUCUCUUGGGACUGCAGCACAACAAGGACCCGCGAGUGAAGCAGGUGCUAGAGGAGUCUCUCCACGAUACCUGUCCCCAGCCAGCACCAAGGAGUUAAUUAAAUAAAGCUCAGC